AUGGAUGAAGAAAUAGUUAAGUUAAAAUCAGUGCUGAAAUCGCUUGUAGUAUCCAGCCCAACACAAGUAGAUGUCCGUACACUAAUGAAGGACUACCGAAACAUGGUGGGGUCCCAUUUACCAAUAGCUAAAUUUGGGUAUAAGGAUCCCACUUCAUUCCUCAAGGAACGAUGCAGUGAUAGUUUCAUGCUCCAAGGCCCAGCAGCAAAUCCUACAUUGACAUUAAUUGUGUCAGAAUCCUUAAAGCAUAUAGAUAAAUUUGUACAAAAGCAGAAAACAUCAGCCAUGGUCAAAGUGAAAGGUAAACGGAGAAGUAUUGCACAGUCUACUGUAAAACCACCUGAGAUAAAUCUCAUUACAAAAAGUUUCAUAGAUAAGAAAGAGAAAGAAAGAAAGAAUGUUCAUGAAAAUAUAGAUGCAAACAAAAAACAAAAUAUUGUUAAUGGAAAUGCUAAAAUUGAUAAACCAGCAAAUAGUUCAACACAAAAUCAUAGUCCAAAACAGGACCAUGAUCAGCCGUCUAAUGUUAAAGACAAUCGUAUAGCGGAAAAUAAUAAUUGCCCUCAAAGUGCUUUACACAACUUUCUUAAGAAAAGAACUGCUCUGUACAGCUCUAGUCAGUCUGUCAGUGACUCUGGUGAGAAAGAAGACUGUGACUCCGGGCGGCAGACAUCAUCCAGUUCAAGCAGUAGUAAAAGGAUGCAAUUAGAAGAAUUGAAAAAGGAAAUAAUAUUAAUUAUAAAUGAUUAUCCCGAUGGAGUGUGGUGCACGGAUUUGUUAAGGCUAUAUAGGGAGCGCUACAAACGCGAGCUGAACUUCUCUCGUUUCGGGUACACGAGCAUCCUGAGCCUGGCGUGCGCGCUGCCGCACGUGCGCGUGGCGCGGCAGCCGGGCGGCGACUGGCUGCUGAGCGACGCGGCGGCGCCCGCGCCGCGCCCGCCGCGCGCGCCCGCGCCGCGCCGCGCGCGCUCGCACGCCGACCCGGAGGACGCUCUGCCCGGCAUCGAUUUUGACGAGGACGUGUUCCCGGCGGACUGCGUGCACUUCCUGGAGGGCGUGCCGCGCGUGCGCGCCGCCGAAGCGCCAGGCGACAUGGUGGAGGUGGUGGUGGCCGAGGUGUACUCGCCCUCGCACUUCUGGCUGCAGCGCCUCGGCCCCGCGCACAACCUCGCCAUGGAGGACAUCAUGGACGAGAUGAACCAGUACUACAAGUUCGGCGAGGGGCGCACGCGCACGCUGGCGCCGGGCGCCGUGCGCGUGGGCCACUACUGCAGCAGCUGCUACGAGGGCGACUGGCACCGUUCGCUCAUCGUCAAGAUCGUCGACAGCGACACCGUCAAGGUGCGGCACGUGGACUACGGCACGGUGGAGCGCUGCGCGGCGGCGGAGCUGCGGCCGCUGCGGCGCGAGUGGGCGGCGCUGCCGGCGCAGGCGCAGCGCGCGCGCCUGGCUGCCGCGCGCCCCGCCGCGCGCCGCUGGCCGCGCGCCGCCGCGCUCGCCUUCCUGCACCUCGUGCGCGCGCGCCGCCUCGUGGCCAACGUGGUGGCCGCGCACGCCGAGCGCGACGAGCUCGAGGUGCUGCUCAUCGACACCUCCGGCCCCGACGACCGCUGCAUCGCCGCCGAGCUCGUGCGCGCCGGCCACGCGCUGCACCGCCCCGACGCCGCGCUGCACGUGAGUACCGCCCUCGGCUCCGACGACGACACCGACGUCUGCAGCGACGACUCGGCCUCGGCCUCGGCCUCGCAGGUGGCGCCGGGCGCCGCGCCGCGCAUGCCGGCCUGGGUCUGCGACGAGGACGACGCGCGUGCCGCGUGGCGCCGCGUGCGGGCGCUGCGCGCGCGCGUGCGGCCCCCCUCGCCCCCCUCGCCCCCCGCGCCCUCGCCCCUCGCGCCUUCGCCCCCCACGCCCGCGCCCCCCGCGCUGGCGGCGUACGCCAACAUACUACAACGACGACGCGAGCUGUUCAAUCAGCUGAAAAAG